AUGGCUGAAGCAGAGUCUCCGUGCACCCCUCCCAAGAAGGGGUCAAAGGCCAAUAGGGUUUGGGUGGAAAUCUCAGGAUUAUGGAAUUCCUGGGAGGAGGACCCCAUCAUCCGGAAGGCUGCUCGCAAACGGAAGUCCCUCUUGUGCUGGCCCGAUCCCUCAAAGACCGGCUUCAUCAACAAGGCUAGUUUGAAAGCCAACUGGAGAGUGAUUCUGAACCUUGUGCGACUCUACUGUCCUUUGGCUCCUUCAAACAAGACUGCUCCUGUUGGGGCUAUCAAGAAGGAGGUGGCCAAAUUCUUUGAGGAGAUCAGCCUCACGCCCAGAGUUGGGUUGGUUCAUUGCGAGUCCCACAGCCUCCGAAUGUUCCUCAGUUAUAUCAACCGCCGAAACGAUGGAUCUAAGAAGAAGGAUUCCUGCAUUGCUCAGAUUUUCGAAGAAGUUCAGAAGCACUGGGCCCCAAAGAUCCGCUCACGUGGGGCCCUAGUCGAGGCUGAUGAUGAAGUUGAAGGGGAUGAACAGGAUGAUGAUGGGUGUGAACAGGACCAGCUCACGGAGCCGGACGAAGACGAGGACAGCCAGGACUUGGUGGAUCCUUAUCUUGCUUCGGCCAUGGGGCUGGAGGCCGGCUCACCCCAGCCUUGUUCGGCCUACGUAGGCACGAUUCCUUAUGAGGUGAAUGAUGAGAAUGGUAAGCCUGCCCCAUCCGAACCCUCAACUGCCCUCGCGAACAUUGACGAUGCUUGCGAUGCUGACCUUGUGCGAAGUCUUGCUGAGAUCGAGCAUCUCGCUGGCAGUCGUUUCAAUAGACUUCGUGGAUACAGCAGAUAA